AUGAAAGAGUCGAGUAAAAACAGCGAGGGAAUGCUCGUAUUUAUAGAUGCUGGCGUUCGGGCGGCCGCUAAACCGCAACAGACUGCACCAAACCUAGAACGGACGACACUAAACGGGAAGCGGAAAACGGCCCCGCUUGCACCAGGACGAAUUUUAUUUUAUAGAAACCCUGUUGACAUGCCAGGGACUAUCGUCAAUGAGCAGGGGCUUACUCCUGAACAGCUCGAAUUCUUCAAUGAGAAUGGCUUUCUAGUCAUCCCACAGUACCUAUCUCCAGAAGAGAUUCAGUCGCUCCUCACAACCACCAAUGAUCUACUGGAGAACUUUGAACUCUCGACUCACCCAAUGACUCGCUUCACAACCGGUGACGAUGGGGAAGCCGAAGGCGAUGAAAAGGCCAAACACGUUGGAGACAAUUACUUUCUCUCCUCCGGCGACAAGAUCCAUUUCUUUUUCGAGCCUGACGCAGUUGCGCCACCUGAUGACACCGCACAAGAUAAGACGCCCAAGUUAUUGAAACCGAAGCAUCUUGCAAUCAACAAGAUUGGUCAUGCUUUACAUAGCAAAUCGCCACCAUUUCAGAAGAUUACAAUCUCCAAACGAAAUGCGGCUAUCGCACAGUCACUGGGUUUCAAGGAUCCGAGAUGCCUGCAGAGCAUGGUGAUCUGCAAGCAGCCCAGCAUCGGUGGGCCGGUACCGGCACAUCGGGACUCUGAAUUCUUAUAUACCUCACCUCCGUCUGCAGUUGGGUAUUGGGUUGCGCUUCAAGACGCGACACCCGGAAAUGCAUCCUUGGGUAUGUGGAAAGGCUCACAUAAGGGGAAUAAAGGUGGUCAUAUCCGUCGGCGAUUUGUUCGCGCUCCAGAAGGCGGUACAACAUUUGUGACCAAUGAUGGACCAAGUCUACCACUAGGCAAGGAAGAGGAGGCAUCGGGACAGGAAGAAGAUAAGGACUUUGAAAUUCUGGAUGUCAAAGCUGGAGAUUUGGUGCUUAUUCAUGGUAAUGUGUUGCACAAGAGUGAGAAGAAUACGAGUGAUAGGAGUCGAUAUGCCUAUACCUUUCAUGUCAUUGAAGGGGCUGAGGGAUGGAUUUACGACGAGCGAAACUGGUUACAGCCGCCGAAGGAAGGCUUUUCACGGUUGAAUGAUGCUUUGUAA